UCUUUGCGCAUGUGUGAAAGCAGAGAGCUCGCGCCAAGCAUGAAAGUAGAACCGCACUAACUGUCUUUCAUUCCCAUGAAUUGAAUUCGGAGAGAUACAUCAGCCAAGGAGCUCCAUACAUGUUUAGUUAUGUUUCAAGUGUUGACCAGUUCUUGACAGCCAGUACGUGUUAGGUUGCUUUAGCUAGAGAGCCAGCCAACUGUUGUAGUUGGCUAAUCUGCUAACGUAGCCAGCUAGCAAACUGCGCGAGCCUGCUGAAAAACGAUGCCUCCACUGACUUUGAAAGGGAUAACUGUGGAUUUCCCUUUCACCCCAUACGAAUGUCAGAAGGAUUAUAUGAGCAAGGUGAUUGAGUGUCUACAAAACAAGGUAAAUGGUGUUCUGGAGAGUCCGACAGGCACGGGUAAAACCCUAUGCCUGCUGUGUGCCACCCUUGCCUGGAGGGACUACUUCAAAGACACCAUCUCUGCCAGGAAGAUAGCAGAGAAGAUGGGAGGAGCAGAGCUUUUCCCCAACACACCAUUGGCAUCGUGGGGGACUGCUGCAACAGAUGGAGACACAACAACUUAUUAUACUGAUAUUCCAAAGAUCAUCUAUGCAUCCAGGACACAUUCUCAGCUGACCCAGGUCAUUAAUGAGUUAAAGAACACUUCCUACAGGCCCAAGGUGUGCGUGUUAGGAUCCAGGGAGCAGCUUUGUAUUAACCCGGAGGUGAUGCGUCAGGAGAGCAACCACCUUAAGGUUCACAUGUGUAGGCAAAAGAUAUCCACCAGGUCGUGCGUCUUCUACAACAAUGUUGAAGAGAAGAGCAUGGAUAAAGACCUGGUGAACUCCAUUCUGGAUGUUGAAGAUCUGGUGAAAGCUGGCAACAAGCAAAGGGUCUGCCCAUACUACCUCUCACGCUCCUUGAAACAGCAGGCAGAAAUCAUAUUCAUGCCUUACAACUACCUCCUGGACCCAAAGAGUCGCAGGGCGCACAACAUUGAGUUGAAAGGGGCAGUGGUCAUUUUCGACGAAGCGCAUAACGUGGAGAAGAUGUGUGAGGAGUCCACAUCCUUUGACCUCACACCCUACGACCUGGCAUCAGCCAUCGAUGCUGUGGACAAGCUGCUAGCGGAGCAGGCCAGAGACGCCGGGAGAGGAGACGUCUCGGAGGACUUCAAUAUGGAAUCCAUAAACGGGGGUUUGAAAUUGGACAUAACCACCAUUGCUAAAAUAAAACAGAUACUUCUGGAUCUGGAGGCGGCCAUUGAUUCCUACGACGUGCCGGAGAAGGGGAUCACCAAACCUGGGAGCUUCAUCUACGAGUUGUUCCAGAAGGCUCACCUCACAUUCGACACAAAGACGCCCAUCUUUGAAGCCCUGGAGCAGAUCACUGGAUAUCUGGCUGGAAAACCAGGCAUAUUCAUGAACACAACUGGAUUACAGAAAUUGGCAGAUAUAAUUCAGCUGGUGUUCUGCGUUGAUACACAAGAGGGCAACAAAUGUGCAAACAUGCCGCCCAACAUGCAAUCCACCACCACUAAAUUUAAGGUCCAUAUCCAUAAAGACACCAGCCAUCAUAAGAAAAAACAAAAUACUGACGUGUGGUCUUCAUCUUCCUCCAAAAAACAAGGAAAUGUUCUGAGUUACUGGUGCUUCUCGCCUGGAUUCAGCAUGCAGGAGCUGGUGAGACAGGGCGUGCGCAGCAUCAUCCUUACCAGCGGUACACUCGCCCCUCUGUCCUCGUUCACGUCCGAAAUGCAAAUUCCCUUUCCAGUAUGCCUGGAGAACCCCCAUGUGAUUCAGCAUGAUCAGAUCUUUGUCAGCAUAAUCGACCGCGGUCCAGACAGCGUGCAGCUCAGUUCAGCGUUUGACCGCAGGUUUGUCCCUGAAAACAUGGCAUCUUUAGGGAACACUGUUGUGAAUCUGGGCCGCGUGGUCCCUCACGGUUUGCUGGUGUUCUUCCCCUCUUACCCCGUGAUGGACAAGACGCUGGAGUUCUGGAGGGCAAACGGGCAUGCCGACCGCAUUGAAAACAUAAAGCCCAUGUUUGUGGAGCCUAGGGGAAAGGGGACGUUCACGGAGAUAAUUGAUGGUUAUUAUGACAAAGUCAAUGACUCGAAUUCUAAAGGGGGCAGCUUCUUUGCGGUCUGUCGUGGAAAGGCCAGCGAGGGGCUGGAUUUUGCUGACACGUACGGCCGAGGGGUCAUCAUCACUGGCCUCCCGUUCCCGCCCCGCAUGGACCCCCGGGUCAUUCUGAAGAUGCAGUACCUGGACGAGAUGUGCAGGAAGAAGACCUCUGGGGUGCAGUACCUGUCAGGGCAGAACUGGUAUAGACAGCAGGCGUCCAGGGCGGUGAACCAAGCUAUCGGCAGAGUCAUUCGCCACCGUGAUGACUACGGGGCUAUCUUCUUGUGCGACCACAGGUUCAAAAGCACAGACGCACGUGCCCAGCUACCCUCGUGGGUGAGGCCCUACGUGCGCACUUACGACAACUUUGGGAAUGUGGUCCGUGACGUGGCCCAGUUCUUCAGAGUUGCACAGAAACUUAGGCCUCCUCCAGAGAAGAAGCCUGCAAAGGGGAGCUGUGGUGGGGCGGUACACUCGGCAGAUGCCCAGUAUGCCAGCGCCAGACCCUGCCACUCCCAGGGCUCCACCCAGAGAGGUUUCGCCCUGAAGGCAAAAAUACUGGACUCCCACGUGCCCAGUCUGAAAAGGCGACGGCUGAAUGAGCAUGUAGGCAGUGAGGGGAAUGGCAUGGCCAGGCUGUGCAUCGAGUACGAAACGGAGAUGGAGUCGAGCCGAAGGAGGCCGGCCGGCCUGCUGGACGCCCUGGAGCACAGCGACAGCCGCUAUGGAGAUGAAGACGAGGUCCUAGCGGGCGAGGAUAGGGCUAAUCGCUUAUCCACGCUGUCUCUUCAAUACGACAAGCGCGUGGAUGACGAAUUGCGUGGUGGAAAACGAAAAAUCAAAGUGGUCCAAGAACGGAAAAUCCCCCUGGCUCCUGAUGUGUCAGAAGAGGGCAAAGCGGGAAAAGCCAAGUCGUUCCUGGCAGAAAUGAAAAAGUCGCUGAGUCAGGUUAAUUUCCAGCGAAUCAUGGCGGCCCUGCAGACGUACAAACGGACGGAUGACCUUGAUGAACUGCUUGCCGAGGCAGCAGACCUCUUCACUGGGGACGCCAACACCCACAACCUGCUCCGAGGAUUCUACCAGUUCAUACGACCCCACCACAAAAAGAGAUUUGAUGAGAAAUGCAUGGAGCUGACUGGCCAGGGCUGUGGAUACAAACCCGAUCACUCACUAUCCAAGGAGGAGAAAGAAAUGCUGAUGCAAAACGGGGCCAAGUCAGGAAAGCUGACUGGUGUUGCUGUCACUUCUGACUCAAGCUCUUCCUGCAGUCAGCUCAACACCAGUCUGCUGCUUAAUAAAGGAGGCCAUCACCUUGGAAAUCACAGAUUGACUACAGAGGAGCAUUUGCCAAAGAAUCAAGUGCUUACAGUUGAUCCUAAAUGCAAAGACCAAGCACCAGUCCAAUCUGCUCAGAAGAGUCAAAUCUACGCCAGCUUCAUCGCAGAUGUGAAAAAAUCCAUUGGACUUGAGAAGUCCAACCAACUGUUCUCAGCUAUUCAGAGCUAUAAGAAGACAGACAACUAUGAAAGCCUGGUGGACACAGUAGUGAGUUUGUUAACUGAGAAAAACGAAGACUUUAACCUCCUUAGCACAUUUGCCCUGUUCAUCCGGCUUCACCAUAAGAAACAGUACAAAGAGAUGCUGGACGCCUUGAUAGGUGACUCCACAGGCUCAAGUGCUUCCUCUGGGAUUUCAGGCCAACUAACGCAAGUUUCAAUGCCUGGGAAAGCACAAAGCAAGAUCUCGUCUUUCUUUCCCAGCAGCCAAAGGAAAUGAAAGCUGUUGGAAGUGGAGCUUCCCUAAAAAGAAUCUUCCUACUCUGAUGCUGCUCGCUUUGGAGCCUUUUUAUUGUAUGGAAAUGAUGGCAAAAAGUGAGGGUUUUGUGGUGUUACUAUUGUAAACUAAUAUCAGUUGUAAUAAAUGUAUGCAGAUUAUGGUAAUAUUUUCCCAAUGUAUUUUAACUUUUUUUAUUAAACAAAUGUUUAAUGCGA